CGCCCGGGCGCAGGGCCCGGCCCCGGCUGCAGCCCCGGCCGGGUGGGGCGCGGGGGCGGCGCCGCGAGAGAGACUCGCCGCAGCCGAGGCAGGAAAUCGCCGCCCGGAGGAAGCGGCCGCGGGGCCGGGGCCGGGGGAUCGGGGCCCAGCUGGGACCGGAGAGACCCCCCCCCCAGCCAGCUCCGGGGGUCUGUGCAGCUGAGCCCGGCAGGGUCCCCCCCACCCAGCCCGCCGGGCCUUCGGGGCAGCCCCGGCCCUGCUCUCCCCCGCGGGAGAGGGGCAGGGGUUGGGGGGUUCGCUGCUGCCCCUCGGGGGUCUCCCUCCCUUUGCCGGGCGCAGGGAAGGGGCCCGGCUGGAUCCCGGCAGCCGCCAGGACGCAGGAGGGGAGCCCCCAGGGGCGGUGAGGGGGGGGACACGCCCGGGGAGCCCCCAUGGGCGACGCUCUGACCAUCUGCCCCGACUGCGGGAAGAGCUUCCGCCAGCACUCGUACCUGGUCACCCACCGGCGCGUCCACACCGGGGAGCGGCCCUACAGCUGCGCCCAGUGCGGCCGGGGCUUCUCCCAGCGCUCCAGCCUCAUCCGGCACCGCCGCACCCACACGGGCGAGAGGCCCUACCGGUGCCCCGACUGCGGCAAGGCCUUCGCCCUCAGCGCCUCCCUCCUGGCCCACCAGCGCACCCACACCGGGGAGCGCCCCUACGGCUGCGCCCAGUGCGGACGGGGGUUCAGCCAGCGCUCGGCUCUGGUCACCCACCAGCGCACCCACACCGGGGAGAGACCCUACCAGUGCCCCGACUGCGGGAAGAGCUUUGCCAUCCGCUCCCACUGCACCGCUCACCAGAGGACCCACGGGGAUCCAGGCGGGGAGCCCCCCUACCGGUGCCCCCAGUGUGGGGAGGGCUUCCGGCUCCGCACGCGGUUCCUGCAUCACCGGCGCAGCCAUGCGGGCGGCAAACCCCACCGCUGCCCCGACUGCGGGAAAGGAUUCUCCCGCAACUUCCUGCUCAAGACGCACCGGCGGAUCCACACCGGGGAGCGGCCCUACCCCUGCCCCGACUGCGGGCGCCGCUUCCGGCAGAGCUCCCACCUCACCCACCACCGGGCCACCCACACCGGGGAGCGGCCCUACCGCUGCAGCCGCUGCGGGGAUGCCUUUCCCUGCAGCUCGGAGCUCUACCUGCACUACCGUACCCACACCGGGGAGCGGCCCUACCAGUGCCACGACUGUGGGCGCAGCUACACCACCAACGGCAGCCUGCGGCGGCACCGGGCCAGCCACGGCCUGGGCUAGGGCUGCAGCUGGCUCGGCCCAGGGGCACCCUCCUGGGCAAGGGGCUGCAUCUUUCUGCCUCUAGGCAUGGCCUUUCUGGCUGUUUGCUGGAUGGCUUGUACUGGGGAAGAGAGCUAGGGACGGGUUAUAGGGGGCUCGUUCCAGGAGAGAGAAGGAACACAGGGAGGGAUCGAUGGGUCAUACAGGUCUAGAGCUGGGUCAUACCUGUUAGACUGUGAAAAGCAGCUCCGCUCCAUCUUCCGCUCCUGGUCCCGAAGAUGAGGUUUUCAAAAUGAUCUGAAGUGUGCGUGUAUUUUUCCAAGCACCUUGAAAUAGAGCGUGAGUGUGUCUGUCUGUUCUUAGAUGCAGAUCUGUGUUCUGGGGCUCAAUAGAACAAUCAGCUGACCCACAAAUUGUGCCAGCAGGGGAUGCAAUGUUGGUAGGCCCUGGUGGCAGGUAUCAGGUGACAAUGACAGACCUCCUUAGCGCCACUUAGGGAGUAGAGAGAGCCGCCGAGAAAGGAAGCGACUGCCAGGAGACAUGGCGGGUCAGAGCUGAGCUGGUUGCAAGCACCGAGCCCUAGGAGAUCGGCCUGGGUUGGAGUCAGCAAGUCAAGAGAAGGAGGUGGGAGCAUGACCCUGAGAGGGAGCAGAGGCAGAGAUUCUUGGUCACAGAGCCCACUGGAGGGGCAAAGGUGGGGAUUGUGCUGCGGGGAAACUGCCGACUGUUUCUUUUCUGCGGCGUAUAGGGAAACAGGGUCCUGUGGGCAUUCUUUGUAAAUAAACACCAUCACACCUGGAAUAGACCUGCCUUGUCUCAGCGAGGUGCUGUCCACAGAGGAACAGCCUUGCAAGGCCCUGGCUAUUGGCUAAGAGCUCAGGCCGGAAGGUUACAGGGUAUGGGCACGAUACCUUGCCCCAGAUUAAUCCUGAAUCAGUCAGUCCCUUGGGAAGAGAGCAGCAUGAGCCUGAAGCAGCACAGAUCUGCCCCCAUCUGGACCCCAGGCGGGGUGGACCAAUGUUCUAGGGUGGUCCAGAGAAUCUUCUUUCUAGCUGCCUGGCCGGUGGGUCUUGCUCGCAUGCUGAGGAAUGACCGAUUAGGGGUCAGGAAGGAAUUUCCCCCCCAGGACAGAUUGGCUGGGGCCGUGGGUGGGGUGGUUGUCAACUUCCCAUGCAGCAAGGGGUGCAGGUGGCCAGCUGUUGAACAUCUGGGCAUAGAAUUAUAGAGUUGUAGGGCUGAAAGGGACCUCAAGAGGUCAUCAAGACUAGCCGCCUGUGCUGAUGCGGGACCAAGACCAUCCCUGACAGGUGUCUGUGUAACCUACUCUUGAAAACCUCCAGUGACGGGGAUUCCACAACUUCCCGGGGCAAACCUGUUCUCUCACUUCACUACCCUGAGAAUUAGGAAGUUUUUCCUUAUCACUAACCUACAUCUCCCUGGCUGCAGAAUGAGCCCAUUAUUUCGUGUCCUACUUCCGGUGGACAUGAAAAACGAUUGAUCCCUGUCCUCCUUAUCACAGCCCUUAACAUAUUUGAAGACUGUUACCAGGUCCCCCCUCUGUCUUCUUUUCCCAAGAGUAACAUGCCUGUUUUUUUUUUUUUUUUUUUUUAACUUUUCCUCCUAGGUCAGGUUCUCUGAAUCUUUUAUCAUUUUUGUUCCUCUCCUCUGGACUCUCUCCAAUUUGGCCACAUCUUUCCUGAAGUGCGGUGCCCAGAGCUGGACACAGUGCUCCAGCUGAGAUCUCAUCAGUGCUGAGGAGAGCAGGACAUUUACCUUCCAUGCCUUACAUACAGCAUUCCUGGUAAUACACCCCAGAAUGAUACUAGCCUUUUUUGCAGAGGCAUCCCAUGGUUGACUCAUAGUCAAUUUGUGACCCACUGUAACCCUCCUUUUCAGCAGCAUUGCCACCUAGCCAGUUCCCCAUUUUGUAGUUGUUCUUUUGAUUUUUCCCUCCUAAAUAAAGAACUUUGCACUUCUCGGUA